AUGGCUAUUUCAAAAUUGCCCUUAUUGACCACUUUUUUUCUUAGACAACAACAGGAACAACUGGAGAAGUACAUCUCUGAGACACUCACCUAUAUCAACACAGUGAAGGAUUUCUGUGAUACUCAACCAAAAUGGACCCUUCAGAGGGAGUCAGAGAUAAAAAGGAUGAAAGAGAUCAAAAGCAGAGCAAAGGAAUUCUUCAGCAGUUUCAAAGGGCAUAAGCCGGAGAAGAAGCUGAAGGAAGUUCUGAAGAACACUCUGGAGGGGCUGGAGAAACUUAGUCACUUCCUGGAUGCAGUGGAGAAGCUAGCAGUCACCUCGCCGGCUGUGUUCAACACCUCAGACAUAAGCUUCAUGCCGAAGGGGAUGAGCCCUCAGUCAGUACAGUCAUAUAUUCUCACUGCCAGAAGUGUCUCUCCGCUUCUCAUCAAUUUCAAGAGGGAUGAUGAAGCUUUCUUCCUGCCUAAACUUCACAACCUGGACGUUCUGGAUUUCCAGCUGCACAAAUACAUCUGCAUCACUGAAAGCAUCUGUAGUGAAAUUAAGAAUCCUUCACUGAAGCUCAGUUUGAAUAUGAAGGGGUCAUCACAAAAUGUGAUUGAUCACUUGAGCCAACUGAGCAAAAUCAGAAUGGAUGAGUCAUUCAGGAUGACAUUCGUAUUUAAUGGGAAAGCUCAGCGCUUCAUUGACACAUACAGGGAACGUCGCUCCAGGAUGAUCCAGUUCCUGUCAGAUCUAGAGAGGCCUGCAGACCUGCUGGAUAAAAUGAAGAAGAGGUCCAGCAUCUCCACUGUGGCGGGCAGUUUAGUGAGUGCUGUAGGAGGUGUCUUGUCCAUCAUAGGCGUGAUUUACUCCCCCAUCACUGCAGGAGUAUCUCUGGCCCUCACACUCACCGGGACUGGGAUGGGGGUCACCAGCGGGGUCAUGAGCUUAGUCACAGGCGUCACUGAAUUUGUAGUCAACAAACGUGAAGUGGGAAAAGCCAACAAAAUCUUUGAGAAUUUUAUGGAGGAUGUGCAGAGGGUUCUUGAUUGUCUAGAGCAGGCAGCUAGCAGUAAGCGUCCUGUACCCCAUGUGGAUGAGGGUAAUAUGAACGUUGUUGCAAAGAAAAUUAUGAAAACUAUUAAAAAUAUAGUCAGAAGUGCUGAUGUCAUCACUGAUGUAGUUACAGCUAUGAAGACUCUCAAGACUGAGAAAGUAGCAAGGACUGCAGUCAAUAUGGGUCUUCAGGAAGCUAAUGGAGCUCGUAGCAUCCCCAGCCUUGCUGCAGACCUGCCUGACAUCGGGCAGCUGGCUAAGGGCACUCCUCUGGCAAUGUCAAAAACAGCUAGAGUUAGGGUUAUCGCAGCAAAUGGUCUAUUCAUUGGUAUGGAUAUUGCAUUCAUCAUCAUAGAAGGCUGGAGUCUGGCUAAAGGUAAGAAAAGUGAAGCAUCUCAGCUCAUUCGCUGCAGAUCAGCUCUGUGGUGCUCAGAGAUAGAUGCAUGGGAUAAGAUCUAUGACUGUCUGUGUAAAGGAAAAGAAACAUUCCAGACAAAACUGGAAAUUCUACAACAUAUUUAA